AAAAGAAAAUAUAUAUAUGUUUAUGUUCUUCUAUUUCACCCAUGUUUUUUAGAUUGGUCUCUCAAUAAACCUUUGAUUCUGCUCCAACCCAUUAGCUCACCAAUCAGAAUUGGAUUGUUUUUCAUUAUUUUAGCUUCACACAGACAUUAAAAGCUUAAAAUGGCAUCAAUGGUUGCCAAAGCUAGUAGUAGUAGCUGUAGCAGUCAGGUUCCGCCGUUGGUAUCAGUCCAAGAGAAAGGAAGUAGAAAUAAGAGGAAAUUUCGAGCUGAUCCGCCUUUGGGGGACCCCAAUAAGAUUCUAUCUUCAUCUCAGAAUGAAUGCGCUGGCUAUGAAUUCUCUGCAGAGAAAUUCGAGGUUACCCCAGUUCAUGGGCCGUCCGGUGUGUGUGACAUGUGUGGUGUUAACCAAGACCAUUCUGAAGGACUGAAACUUGAUCUUGGGCUAUCUAGUGCCAUAGCUCCAUCUGAGGUCGGAACAAGAGAGGAAUUAGAAUCAGAAGAAUCCCAUGAUGCUGAUUGGAGUGAUCUUACAGAGUCACAGCUAGAAGAACUUGUAUUGAGCAAUUUGGAUGCAAUCUUCAAGAGUGCAAUUAAAAAAAUUGUCAGUUGCGGUUAUACUAAAGAAGUUGCUACAAAGGCCGUUUUGAGGUCAGGCCUGUGUUAUGGGAGUAAAGAUACGGUUACAAAUAUAGUGGACAAUACUCUAGCAUUUCUUAAAAAUGGUCAAGAGAUUGAUUCUUCAAGGGAACAUUGUUUUGACAAUUUACAGCAGUUGGAGAAGUAUAUAUUGGCGGAAUUGGUUUGUGUGCUUCGAGAAGUCAGGCCUUUCUUCAGCACCGGGGAUGCAAUGUGGUGCUUGCUGAUAUGCGACAUGAAUGUUUCUCAUGCUUGUGCAAUGGAUGGCGAUCCCUUGAGUAGUUUUGCCGGCGAUGGAGCUGUAAAUGAGAUCUCUUCCACUUCCGCUCAACCCAAGAUAAAAACAGAAGACAAAGGUUCUGAAUUAAAUCUUCCGAAUCCUUGUAAGCCAGAACUAUCAGUUUCUUGUUCUGAAUCUGAGGCACCUACAAAGGUGACAAGGGUUACCAGUGCAACUAAACCAAAGAUAUCAGGCGUUCUCAGUGGAUUAGUCUUGGAGAAAGAUGGAUCAAAUUCUACAUUUGAUCGUGCAGAGAAAUCUUUCAACAUUGCAGGAACAUCUCAAGCGCCUGUGAUAGAGGAAAAACUUAUAGUUAGCCGAAAGAGCCAUUCUAACAGUACCAAGAGAGAAUACAUACUUCGACAAAAAUCACUACAUCUCGAGAAGGGCUACAGGAUAUAUGGGCCGAAAGGGUCAAGAGCGGGGAAACUGAGUGGUUUGGGUGGUUUAAUCUUGGAUAAGAAACUAAAGUCCGUUUCAGAUUCUGCUAUUAAUAUAAAAAAUGCUUCUUUGAGAUUGAGUAAGGUAAUGGGAGUUGAUGUGCCUCAAGAGAACGGAAGCCAGAAUCUUUUAAACAACACUGGAUCCUCUUCCCCAGCAUCAUUUAAUUUAGAAACUUCUGGCAAAAAUUCUUCUUUGCCCAAGACCAAUAACCUAUCUGCAUUACCUGCUGUCAGCACUUCACCUGUAAUAUCAGCCACUGAUACAGAGCUUUCACUUUCAUUUCCUGCAAAAAGCAACUCCACUUCGAUUCCCGUUAACUGCAACACUGAGACACCUAACUGCACUUUUUCUGGUAUACCAUACGAUAAGUCUCUUGCUCAGUGGGUUCCUAGGGACAAGAAGGAUGAGAUGAUUAUGAAGCUGGUUCCUAGGACAAGGGAACUGCAAAAUCAGCUUCAAGAAUGGACAGAGUGGGCUAAUCAGAAAGUUAUGCAGGCUGCUCGAAGGCUAGGUAAGGACAAGGCCGAGCUUAAAUCACUUAGGCAGGAAAAAGAGGAAGUUGAACGGCUCAAGAAAGAGAAGCAAACUCUGGAGGAGAACACUAUGAAGAAGCUCACCGAGAUGGAAAAUGCAUUGUGCAAAGCUAGUGGACAGGUAGAGAGAGCUAAUUCUGCUGUCCGGAGGCUUGAGGUGGAGAAUUCCGCAUUGAGGCAAGAGAUGGAGGCUGCAAAACUAAAAGCAGUACAGUCAGCUGCAAGCUGUCAGGAAGUAUCAAAGAGGGAAAAGAACACACUGAUGAAGUUUCAGUCAUGGGAGAAGCAGAAGAUAAUUUUACAGGAAGAGACUGCAGCUGAAAAAUACAAGGCUGCACAACUGUUACAGAAUCUUGAACAGGCUAAACAAAUAAAGGAACAACAUGAGGCUAGAUGGCAACAAGAAGCAAAUGCAAACGAAGAAUUAUUUUUACAAGCGAAUUCAAUAAGAAAAGAAAGAGAACAAAGCGAAGCUUCAGCGAAAUCUAAAGAGGAUUCAAUCAAAUUAAAAGCAGAAACUAAUCUGCAAAAGUACAAAGAUGAUAUUCAGAAGCUUGAAAAAGAAAUUGCUCAAUUGAGAUUGAAGACGGACUCUUCAAAAAUUGCUGCACUUCGAAGGGGAAUCAACGAAAGCUAUGCUAGCAGACUCGCAGAUGCUAAAAAUAGUCGUACGCAGCAGAAAGAGUCGCCGCCUUUGUAUUUUCCAGAAACGGUUGCAGAUUUUCAUGAUAAUUCCGACGCAGAAGGCGUGAAACGAGAAAGAGAAUGUGUGAUGUGCCUAUCAGAAGAGAUGUCUGUAGUAUUUCUGCCAUGCGCUCAUCAGGUGGUAUGCACAACAUGUAAUGAGCUUCAUGAGAAACAAGGAAUGAAGGAUUGUCCUUCUUGUAGGAGUACCAUACGACGACGUAUACCCGUUCGUUAUGCUCUCUCUUAACUCGACUAUGGAAAAGAGUGCUCUGAAUAAAGUUUGUUGGAACUCAAUUGAGGACAAUAAUGCGUCUUUUUAAUGGUUAAAAACAUUGAGAUUAUUUUUACCAUUGCAAUACUAAUACUUUAAGGGUGAUUUCUCAA